GGAGCGCAACGGCAUUUUGUCGCCUCAGUUCGCGAAUGGCGGAUGUACGGCGCCUCCGACUGAGUUUCACCAGCACAAAACACCGAUUCUUUUUUUUUGGUCCUCCUGAACACCCACGGUGAAGAGCAAUAAAAAAAAUACCCGGAUUGAGGAUUGAGUUCGCGUGCCGAAAAUCGGACUUUUCACGAAGUCCUUUAAAGAACCAGGUGGCAUUUCUGCCUCCAUGUUUAUAAAACCAUGGCGGUGUUAUAUAACCUGGUUUCGCUUUCGCUCAACCACAGGACUACAUAUGUGCAUACAUUCGACAGGUGGCAGAGCUGGUUGUGGACAAUUGCCGCUCGAGUGAUGGAGAGAUUGAGGGGCUCACGGAUGAGUUCAAGGAGCUGGAGUUCCUCAGCAUGGUUAAUGUUGGUCUCACAUCAUUGGCUAUGCUGCCAUCACUGCCCAAACUAAGAAAGUUGGAGCUAAGUGACAAUAACAUUUCAGGCUCUUUGGAGAUCCUUGCAGAGAAAUGCCCUAAUCUGACAUAUCUAAACCUGAGUGGCAACAAGAUUAAAGAACUCAGCACAGUGGAAGCUCUGCAAAACCUGAAGAAUUUAAAAAGCCUGGACCUUUUUAACUGCGAGAUCACAACAUUGGAGGAGUACAGAGAGAGCAUUUUUGAGCUCCUGCCUCAGGUCACAUACCUGGAUGGCUUUGACGCAGAGGACAAUGAGGCUCCUGACUCAGAAGAUGAUGGUGAUGGUGAUGUUUGUGGCGGCUCAGAAGAGGAUGAGGAUGGUGAGGAGGGAGCUGGACCUGUUGGUGAUUAUGAGGAUGAUGAGGAUGAGGAGGAGGAGGAUGAUGAAGAAUCGGAGAGUGGAGAGGUUGGGCUGUCCUACCUGAUGAAAGAUGAUAUUCAGGAUGAAGAGGAUGAUGACGACUAUGUAGAAGAAGAGGAGGAAGGUGAGGAAGUGGAGGCAGCGGUUCGGGGGGAGAAGCGAAAGAGAGAUGCAGAAGAUGAGGGUGAAGAUGAUGAUGAUGAUGACGACUAACCCUAUGUGUCUGUUGAACAACUUUGAAAAUGUGUGAUCUUGCAGAUUUUUUUUUUUCUUGUAUACAAUAGAUAUAUCACUGUAGAGGCUAAAUGUUUUCUUUUGAUAAAUACAUAUGCUAUAUAAAGGGGUUUAUUGAUAAUUCA